AUGUCUCUAUCUGUGCCUCAGUCCUCUGAAGUCCUCAGCGCUCGCUAUUGUGGCGUGGUUACCAAGCCAGCAGCGCCAUGUUGGAAAAAUUGUAAACAGAAACGUUUUCGAUGUAAAAAACGUGCAAGAACUAUGGCUUUCCUGAAUAAAAAGAAAUCAUUUAUUGGUGUGGAUGCUCCGUUAGGAUAUGUGCCAGGUCUUGGCCGUGGGUAGGUUUGCUUAAAAUUGUAUUUUUGUGCUUUUAUACUUGUGAAAAUAUAUAUGUUUUGACAUACACAUGAAGCUGUAGUUCUUAAAAUAACGUGGGUUGUGUUUUGACAGGGCGACAGGUUUCACGACACGGUCUGAUAUUGGUCCUGCUCGAGAGCCAACAGAUGUGAGGUAAGCUGCAAUUAUCAAUUUGUCGUUUGUAAGCAAAUUUUAAGCUUAUGCUACAUAUGCUAUUAUUAAAUUGUACUGGGAUAGUUUGUCUUGAGUUUACAGAUCAAUAUUUUGUAGUGAUGAACGUCAUAUGAAUGUUCAAAAAAAGAAAGAUGAUGACGAUGAUGAAGAUUUAAAUGACACAAAUUAUGAUGAGGUACACUGAGAAAUAAGCCUUCCCCUCCAUACACCCUCUCUACACCCCUCCCUGCCCCUCUCCACACCCCUCCCUGCCCCCUCUCCACACCCCUUCCUCCACAUCACCCCUUGCCACACCCCUCUCCAUGCCCCUGCUGCACCUCACCCCACACACCCCUCCCUGCCAUCGCCACACACCCCUCCUUGCCACAGACCACACCCUUCACCUUUAUAUUUCUGUUCCUCAGGAAAAUAUACACACCCCUCUCAUAAAUCUUUACCCCAGGAAUACCUUUACCCCCUGCCUCUGGGAACAUCUAUAGAUACUCCUUACUGGAAAGUAUGUUGUGCACCCUUCUUAUGAACUCUGUGGCCCUGGAAAUUCACUUUCCAGCUCAAAUUCAAUUUCCAAUUUAUAUUCAAUUUCAAAUUUGAUUCCCAGCUCAAAUCGAAAUUAAAAGAAUAAGUUAACAUAGAUAUGUCAUUAAGAAUGGGUUACCCUCUUUGCCAUUACCACCUUAACUAUAUAUGACAUUUUUUAUUUCCUUCAUGACAGUUUGCAGGCUAUGGUGGAAGUUUAUUUACGAGUGGACCUUAUGAGAAAGAUGAUAUUGAAGCAGAUGCUAUAUAUGAAGCUAUUGAUAAGAGAAUGGACGGCAGACGCAAAGAACGCAGGUAAAAAAUUAGCUAUCAUAAUACAAGAUUAUUUUACUCUGUCUAACACCAAAUAUAUAAUUUUUCUUCAGACUUGCUUUGCAUUAACUUCAGAAUCUGUUGUUUUUUAGAGAGAAAAAGUUCAAAGAAGUUGUUGAGAAAUAUCGUCAAGAACGACCAAAAAUUCAACAGCAGUUUUCUGACUUGAAGGUAAUUGUAUUUGAUAUGUAUAUUUAUCAGCAGUAAGCCAGGAUCAACACAUUAUACUGCAAUACCCUUUAUUGCACCCUACUUUGUUACCUUACCCUGGCUUCUGUGAGAUGCUUUACUACUCUCAAUGGAUAGCAUUGGGCAUUAAUCCAUUGAGUGCCAACACACUCCCCCCUUGACAAGUAAUUACGGGAACCACUCAGUAUUUUGAUGAAAUACAAAAGAAUGGUUACUCUGAAUAACAUUUUGAUGAAGAUUCUAUAAUUUAGACAAGUGAAAUUAUCUGGUAUUAACCCAUUGAGUGCCACCAACACACUCCCCCCACAAGUAAUUACGGGAACCACUCAGUAUUUUGAUAAAAUACAAAAGAAUGGUUACUCUGAAUAACAUUUUGAUGAAGAUUCUAUAAUUUAGAUAAGUGAAAUUAUCUGGUAUUAACCCAUUGAGUGCCACCAACACACUCCCCCCACAAGUAAUUACGGGAACCACUCAGUAUUUUGAUAAAAUACAAAAGAAUGGUUACUCUGAAUAACAUUUUGAUGAAGAUUCUAUAAUUUAGAUAAGUGAAAUUAUCUGGUAUUAACCCAUUGAGUGCCACCAACACACUCCCCCCACAAGUAAUUACGGGAACCACUCAGUAUUUUGAUAAAAUACAAAAGAAUGGUUACUCUGAAUAACAUUUUGAUGAAGAUUCUAUAAUUUAGAUAAGUGAAAUUAUCUGGUAUUAACCCAUUGAGUGCCACCAACACACUCCCCCCACAAGUAAUUACGGGAACCACUCAGUAUUUUGAUAAAAUACAAAAGAAUGGUUACUCUGAAUAACAUUUUGAUGAAGAUUCUAUAAUUUAGAUAAGUGAAAUUAUCUGGUAUUAACCCAUUGAGUGCCACCAACACACUCCCCCCACAAGUAAUUACGGGAACCACUCAGUAUUUUGAUAAAAUACAAAAGAAUGGUUACUCUGAAUAACAUUUUGAUGAACAUUUUAUAAUUUAGACAAGUGAAAUUAUCUGGUAUUAACCCAUUGAGCCCCAAUGCACCCUACUUUUUUUUACUUGUCUAAUGCCAGAUGAUUUUACUUGUCAGUGGGGAAUCUCUGCAGCUUAAUGGGUUAAUAACCAAAAAAUCUGACAAUGUCUCUAAUUAACCCAUUGAACCACAGUGCACCUACUUAUUUUUUUUACUUGUCUAACACCAAGUGAUUUUACUUGUCAGUGGGGAAGGUCUGCAGCUGAAUGGGUUAAACAAAGUAAAAUAAUAAAGUAUGGUACAUUAGGGGAUUAAUGGGUUACAAUGGGUUACAGUCAAUGGUUUAAACAUAAAAAAUAUUUUGUCCAGAGAAAACUUACGGAUGUUACAAAAGACGAUUGGGACAAUAUUCCUGAAGUUGGAGAUGCAAGAAAUAAAAAACAACGCAAUCCUCGGACAGAAAAGUAAGUUGAAUACAGUUGUUGCGAAAAUCCAGUGCUUCUGUGGACUUGUGUAGUCGCAUUGUUGGCUGAAGUUUGUGUGAUUGUAUUGUUUUAGAUUCACACCAGUUCCAGACAGUCUUUUGAAGAGUGCAAUAAUGAGCGGAGCAACACAUGCCGCCCUGGAUCACAGACAACAAGUAUGUACUUUCACUCAACUGGCAGAAUCAGGUGCUGCAGGGUAAAACCCGAAAACUGCCUGAAAAAAUUUUUAUAACUAAUGCCAAAAUAUACUACAGUAAUACAUUUCACACUACAUGUUCAAGACUUUGGUUUUAAAAACAAUUGUAUUAAUGGUAUAUGGCCUAAAAAAAAUACUGUGGUUCCGAUUUCAUAUCGUGAAAAAAUUAGGUUAGGUAGGUUGGAAAUAAAUUUUUUAAAAUUUUUUUAUGGUUUUGGCGUUUAUUUGCUGGGCAAUUUUCAAUAGAGUCCCGACAUCCAUAUUAACUAAAGAUGCAUAUUUCCUAUGGACGAAUUUAGGCUUUUUGGUCCAAUAAUUAGUGUGACAACAGACAUUAUUUUGGCAUGCUGUACGAGCAGCCUGCAACCACCCGGAGAAAAUAGGGUCGCACGGUCAAUCGCGUAAAAAAAAUCAUAGGGUUGGCAGAAAAAAAUAUGGAAACCGGAACCACAAGUAUUGUUUUAGGCCCAUCCGUGAACCCAGGGUCUUUAGGCCUAGUUGAUUUGCUUAUGCACUAUUGCACUUAGCUUCAAUACUUCACAAUUUUGCACAAAUAUGUGGAAUUACUGCCAUUUGAACAUCGGUUGAAUCAGUUUUCAAAAAACAUUGUGUUUUUUUCUGGUUUGUCGACUUCUCUGAAAGCAACUCCACUUAUUCCUGCAUGUUCUCAGCUUCUUGCAGGCUUCCAGACUCCAUAUCCAGGUGCAGUCACUCCAGGUUUUUCUACGCCUUCUGGUGAUCUGGAUCUCACCAAGAUUGGCGAAGCUCGCAAAUCCCUUGUUGGGGUCAAACUUGAUCAGGUAAAAUAUCUCAGAGCUGUCACAAAAAUCUGUCAACCCAUUAAGUUGCAUUGAGGCUAAUUUGAUUUGAAAAAACUUUUUCUCUUCAGGCGUCAGAUUCAGUGUCGGGUCAAACAGUUGUUGAUCCUAAAGGAUAUCUCACAGAUCUUCAGAGUUUAACUCCUGCAUCAGGUGGAGACAUUGGGUAAGGAAUAGUUGAUUUGUACAGACUCAUUGUGUACAUUAGGAGUGCAAUCUAGUCAUAUAGAGGGAGCUUUGGAUGAAAUCAAGCUACACAGCAGCAUCAAGGAUAGCUAAUGAAGACAUAGUCUGGAAACUUGGCAAACUUCAAAGAGUUUAUAAUGAGGUACAAUUUUGGGAUGAGACAGCUUCACCAUGCACAAAUCUUUUGAUAUUUUGCUUAUUACUAUUUCAACAGUACGGUUGAGUGUUUCAACAAGAUGAUACCAUCGGAUGAUUGCCUCAUUGUGCCAAAAAUGUGUUGUCUUCACUGUGCACAAUUUGUGUAAACAUGAAAAAAACGAAGACUCUGAUUGAGUUUCCAGACCAUGUCCUGAUUGACCAUGUGUGAUGUGUCAAGAUAUUACACAGAGCCUUGCUGCCAAUGUGGGGCAUUACAUUGUCUGCAUCCCCUGGUAGCCCCUUGGAUGCUGACACUUAAUGUACUGUAUUUUCAAUGCAAUGUUUUUCAUUCAUAGUGACAUCAAGAAAGCUCGUCUUCUGUUGAAAUCAGUCACAACCACCAAUCCUCAUCAUGGACCAGGUAUAUCACAUGACCAGUUUUCACUGUUGCAACAUCCCUGGAAUACCAGAGUAGCAUCCAGAAUUUUCACCAGUGAUAACUCAGGGCUUGAAAUAGCAGGCUGCCAAUGGCCAAAAGCAGGCCAUAUUUUAGAAAUGGCAGGCAAAAACAAAUUUGAACUGCCAAAAUAAAAAAAAUGGCAGGUGAAAUUCUAUAGAUAUAUUUCAUUUCAUUUGCUUACCACAACUCGUAUAUACUAGAUCAUUUAGUUGACUAAAUACGUUUAUAUUUGAAAUGUAAAUCCAAGUUUACUGUAGUAAAAUAGACAAGUUUAAAAACAGUAAAAAUGCAUAUCAUGAAAACAUUGAGAGACAUCGCCAUUCUGGCAGUUCAAUGAAUAAAAAUGGCAGGCUAAAAUUUAUUUUACCUGCAAAAAAAUUUUAGACUGGCAGGCCAUAUUUUUUCUGUACUUUGAGCCCUGGUACUCAUUAAUCCUUGACUCUCCAGGCUGGAUAGCAGCAGCACGUUUGGAGGAAGUGACAGGUCGUAUGCAGUCAGCACGAAAUAUUAUCAUGAAAGGAACUGAAGUUUGCAGCAAAGACGAAGAUGUUUGGCUGGAGGCUGUUAGAUUACAGGUAAACAUUUGAAGAACAAUCAUUUCAUGCAAUUUUAGAUACAGCUGGGUUUUACUAAGCAAUAUCGUGCAGCAGAUGGUAGGGCCAAAACAAAUCCCUGGCUUUCCAGUUUCCUUUUCUUUCCAGUUUCCUUUUCUUUCCAGUGUCAAAAGUUGUGAGGUUGAUCUGCUGCCUUAAGCCCUGGGCAAACUAGGAAACAUUGUUGUGGAAACAUUUGUGAUUCUCGAUGUUUCCUCAAAUGUUUCCAUGUUUGCCCACCCGCGGAAACAUUGUUGCGGAAACAAAAUUUGCUUCGGAACCAAAAUUUUCUUCCCGAGAAGCAAAAAUGUUUCCUUGGGAAGUCAGAAACAUUUGAUGUUUCCCUAUGUUUCUCACUAAUGUUUCCUAGUGUUUGCCCACUCUGGGAAACAUGGCGAAACAUUGGCAGGAAACAAUGUUUCCAGAACAAUGUUUCCUAGUUUGCCCGGGGCUUUAGUGCUUACUCCAGUUCACCAAUUGAACCUCUACCAUGAUCUGUACGUAUGUUUCAGCCAUCAGAAAACAGCAAAGCAACAGUCGCUCAAGCUGUACGCAAUCUCACUCACUCAGUUCGUCUUUGGAUCAAAGCUGCUGAACUGGAAACAGAAAUGAAAGCGAAGAAACGUGUUUACAGAAAAGCCUUGGAGCAGAUUCCUAACUCGGUUCGUCUGUGGAAGUUAGCCGUCGAACUUGAAGACCCAGAUGAUGCGUGCAUUUUAUUGAGCCGAGCUGUGGAAUGUUGUCCUCAGAGUGUUGAGUUAUGGCUGGCUCUAGCCAGACUCGAGGUUUAUGAGAACGCAAGGAAGGUAUUAAACAAAGCUCGAGAAAAUAUCCCGACUGAUAGACAAAUCUGGAUCACGGCUGCCAAACUUGAGGAAGCCAAUGACAACUCUAGCAUGGUCACCAAGAUCAUUGACAGAGGUGAGUGAGGUUUGCUUAUAUGAGGACUUCAAUAAUCUUGCAGUACACUUGGUGGUAUGAAUGCUGUUUUUAGGGUUAGUAAUCCAAGUGAGUAUAUAUACACUUUAAGACCUGACCAGGAACGACUGCGAAAAAUGCAGCACAAGGUCCUCUGGUAGGAACCAACUGAGUUACAGAGGCCAUGCAGCUGUUGAGCUGUAACCGUAAGUUCAUGUAUAUAUAGGUGAUCGGGUGUGCGGUUUGUGAUAAGGUGGACUUCAAUAAUCUUGUUUUUUGCACUUGGAUUACUAACCCUAAAAAACAGCAUUCUUGCUUACAUGAGGUUUACUCAAUGCCUUCACCUGAACAUUCAUAACUCAUCCACUUCUUCACAUCCAUCAGAAGACGAACAUCACAAGUAAAAUCAUAAAAUCUCAUUAGUUUAUAAUUUAUGAUUUUUUCUGUGUUGGUGUAACGUACUCAGGUGAAUAUGAUGCUUGUGAUGUUACUCUGAGUGUAUAUCCACACCGGGCAAGCUCGAAAAACAUGCCUGGCCACGGUGGGAAUCGAACCUACGACCUUUGGAAUACUAGCCCAAUGCUCUGCCAACUGAGCUACGCGGUCAGGUCGGUUCGAGUAUGUGAUAUUUCGGAACAGAAUCUAGUUCCUUCUAUAUUAAUGUAAUCUAGUAAUCAUGAUUUUUUUCUGUGUUGGUGUAAUGUACUCAGGUGAAUAUGAUGUUUGUGAUGUUACUCUGAGUGUAUAUCCACACUGGGCAAGCUUGAAAAAUAUGCCUGGCCACGGUGGGAAUCGAACCUACGACCUCUGGAAUACUAGCCCAUAUACUAGUUAAUACUAGUUUAUAAUUUAGUUUUCUAAAUAAUCUCAUCUUCAGCUGUGACAUCUCUGGUGGCAAAUGGAGUGGAAAUCAAUCGAGAUCAGUGGGUUAAGGAUGCUGAAGAAAGUGAAAAAUCUGGCAGUGUUGAAACUUGUCAAGCUAUCAUGUAUGAUCUUUAAAUUCUUUCCAAUUCCCCCACUUAUUCUGGUCAGUCAAGAUGAUACAAUUUGUCAUGCACAUUCUUAGAUGAACUAAUUUUUUCUUUUCUCCAUCCAGUCGUGCUGUAAUUGGCGUAGGUGUUGAAGAAGAAGAUAGAAAACACACGUGGUUGGAUGACGCUGAGAGUGUAAGUGAACAUGUGAUCAUCACAUGUUGAGCAUGUGAUCAUCACAUGUUGAGCAUGUGAUUGUCGCAUGUUGAGAAUGUGAUCAUCACAUGUUGAGCAUGUAAUCAUCGCAUGUUUAGCAUGUGAUCAUCACAUGUUGCGCAUGCGAUUGUCUCAUGUUGAGCAUGUGAUUAUCACAUGAUGUUGAGAAUUUGAUCACCUUCUGUAAUUUUCACGCACUGAAACAAAGUCUUACCUGUGCUGGUUUCAAUUCUAGUGUGUGGCUAACAAUGCUUACGAAUGUGCCAGGGCGAUCUAUGCCCAUACCUUGACCGUGUUUCCAAGUAAGAAAGGAGUCUGGUUACGAGCUGCUUUUUUCGAAAAGAAUCAUGGGACAAGGUAAGUAAAAACUUUAUUUCUCACGACUUUUGGCAGCGCGUUGGAUGACAUGAAUGUCUUGGGUCGGGAGCUAGAAUCAAACGAAUGAUAUCAGUCGCGAGAGACUGUUACUGUACCACCAAAUCCACGUACAUGCAUUUAUUUCUAGGGAAUCUCUUGAGGCUCUGCUACAGAAUGCUGUGAAAUAUUGUCCGAAAGCAGAACAACUGUGGUUGAUGGGUGCCAAAUCAAAAUGGAUGGCGGUAGGUUAGAAGGAUGAAAUGAGUUAAACGUGAUUGAGUGAUGACGAUCUCUCAAAUGACAAACAUUGAUGUUUCAUGUGAGACAACAGUGAGGUUUAGAUUUGGCUUUCACUACCGCUAUCAUUAACCAAUCACAUGCGUUUAAACUACCCGAUCAACCAAUCACAUGCGUUUAAACUACCCGAUUAACCAAUCACAUGCGUUUAAACUACACGAUUAACCAAUCACAUGCGUUUAAACUACCCGAUUAACCAAUCACAUGCGUCUAAACUACCCGAUUAAUCAAUCACAUACGUUUAAACUACCCGAUUAACCAAACGUCAGUAAUGUUUUUAUCCUGAGAGAUGUGAACCUGGGUUUCUAGGGUGAUGUUCCAGCAGCAAGAUCUAUUCUCGCUCUCGCAUUUCAAGCUAACCCAAACAGUGAAGACAUUUGGUUGGCUGCCGUGAAACUGGAGAGUGAAAAUAAUGAAGAUCAAAGAGCAAGGUAUUGACUGGAUAGUAACUUGAACUGUCUGUGUACCAGUGUAGGUAGUGGCAAUCAAAUAAACAAGCGUUCGUGGGUAGGGAUGCAGUGCCGCCCAGAGGGGGGGGGGCAAUUUGCCCCGGGCCCCGAGUUGCUGGGGGCCCCUGAAAAAUUUUUGUAGGGGCCCCGCCUUUUUUGUGUGUUAAAUAUUUCCGCGCAAAGGAUAAGAUAUCUGUUUUCUUGGGCUAAGUACCGAAUUUUGGCCUAAAAAAAUGAGAUAAAGUCACUCGAAAGCGUUUGCAACGUACUCGUCCGGCAAAAUUUUGCGUCCGAAAAAUUUUUUUUUACCCCUAAAAUGGUACAGUGACCGAAAUUUUUUUGGCGACGGGGGGGGGGUGGGGGAGGUCGCCAAAAUAAUAUCCGGAAAAAAAUUUUCCGGAAAAAUUAUUUUAGAUAGGGCCCCCCAAAAAAAAAUUUGCCCCGGGCCCCCGCCAACCUCUGGGCGGCCCUGUAGGUAUGCAACUACCUCAAAAAUAUUAGGAGAAUUUCGACGUUUCGAGCGAAGCCCCUUCGUAGGCCCUACCAAUGAAAACUUGUUAUAGACUGGAUAAAUCUAUCGAGUCUAAAUUCUCAGCUCUAAACUGUUUUUUGGCCGUACAGUAAUUGUCAUUCCAUUGCCAAAGACGGAAACCGGAAUCAUUGAGUUGAACAUGCCCUAACCACUGCACCAUUUUAAAUGUUUCUCUGGUAGAAAAUUGCUGCAGAGAGCCAGGAUGAAUGCUUGUACAGCACGAGUAAUGAUGAAGUCAGCCAAACUGGAGUGGGUCCUAGGGAAUAUUAAAGAGGUAUGACGUGGUGUUAAAUCUUUGAUGUCCUCGUCAUCUUGUUUGCAGUAGCAGACACUAGAGAGGCCCCGGUGGGUGGGGGCAACUGCCACCAAUGAUUUCUCAAAGGCUUUUGAAAUAUAGCAGAAUAACUGUGCACCAAAGCUGUAAAAAUUGUUCAACCAUGAAAGUAUCGAUAGCUAAAAAAUUAAAGAACUAACGGUUUCCAACCACAAAAGGUGGUCAUAUUUUAGCAACCUACCCCAAAAAAAAAGUGUGAUGAUGUCCGUCACUGGUUCUUUGAUUGAUUCUAGCUAUUUACAAUGCUUCGAUUUCAUAUCUCUCUUUUUCCCUCUUACUUCAGGCAAUAACGUUACUAAAUGAAGGUGUUCAGAAGUAUCCCGACUUUCCUAAGGUAAUUUGUGAAGAAUCGUUAUCAAGGGAAUCGUUUGCAUCAAGGGGACUUACUUAGAGUUUACUUAGAGUUCACUGAUCUCGAAGUAUGACUGUUUGCCAGCAGGGAAGGAGGCAAAAAUAGUAAUAAAAACAUGUAAGAAAGCUUGGAAAAUCGUUUCACAUAACAAAUGGUAAAACUGGUGAAUAGUCGCACUACGUUAUCACGCUUACAUACGUAAUGUAAACAAUUAAAUCUUUGUAGGUUUGGAUGAUGAAAGGACACAUUUUUGAACAAGAGAAUAACGAAGAAGAAGCCAGGGAGACGUAUAAACAAGGGGUAGGAUAUGCUGUUUAAAAUAAACUACUGCAUAUUGCAGAAUGAAACCUCACUCACAAAGAUGAAAAACACAUGCCCUAAUGAGUAAACUUCGACUCUCCACACAACCAUGGUAAUUUUCCUGUUGGGCAAUGCCAAGAUUUUCUAUGUUUUCAGGUUAAAAAGUGUCCAACGUCGAUAUCUCUGUGGAUUUUGAGAUCAAGGGUCGAGGAGAAAGCAGGUAAAACCAUGUUCCCUCUUUUUGGAGGAGAAGGAACACAAAAUAAAAAGCCUCAUUUGAGGCGCCCUUAGAAAGCCUUCGACUUGAUCAGUUUGAGCUGCAUCCUUCGUAAUUCAGCUCAACUCAAGUAAGGAUGAGUAAUGGGCCAUUCAAUUUAAUAUAGGCACCCCCCCCCCCACUAUUGAGGGGUCCCUUCAUAAUGUCCUUCGGAUAUAAAAAAUUUUGGAGCCCCUUGAAUGCAAUUUGUGGAAGUUACCCCAGAGGAUAUCUUACUAACCCCUUUAGGAUAUCGCUUCUUCCCUCUUGGAUAUCACUAAAACACCGAAUUUUCUGCCAUUUUUAAAACCUCUCCAGAUAUCCUCUAGGAAAAUUUAAGAUGAAGACCCCCUCCUCUUUUAUUGGAUAUCCAGACCCUUCAAUAGGGGGGGGGGGGGUACACAUAUUGAAAUGGCCCAAUGAUGAUUACACUUCCACUUCCUUGAACUCGGACUCACUUAUUGGUCUCGUUCAGUAAUGAACAAAAUAUUAACAUUGGUCCAGGUUUCUCGACCAAGGCGAGAUCAGUGCUCGAGCAGGCGAGGCAGCGAAACCCAAAGUGUCCAGAAUUAUGGUUAGAAGCCGUCAGGAUUGAAACACGGGGAGAAAAUAAAGAGUUCGCUAAAUCAUUAAUGGCAAAAGGUUAGAAUUGAGAGAUGUCAUUUGGUGCUUCUAUAAGUAUUAACCAUUCUGAAAUUGACUACUUUCUCAUCCUCCAUAACGUUCACAUGUAACAGGGUUCGUAGCGGUCUUUGAAAUCCUUGAAAGUCUAUAAAUUUGAAUUCAGGUCUUUAAGGUCUUUGAAAAGUCUUUGAAUUGUGUGAAAAAGCAAAGAAAGUCUUUAAAACUAAAAGUCUUUAAAUUCUUUAGUGGGUAUUUGAUUAUACGAUUUCCUAGCUAAUAAAAUAAGAUUUUCACGCAUAUCGAUGAAAAGCUGCAUUUUAGGAUGUGAUUUGACGGGACUAAUUACCGGGUAAAAAUGGUGCUUUCACUCGCAAUUUUUCGACAGCUUAUUGCUCUCAAAGGUGUUUGAAAAGUCUUUGAAAAUAGGCAGAAGAAAUCUUUGAAAGUCAUUUGAAUAUUUUUGAUCUUGGAAACUGCGAACCCUGUAUAAAACCCACCAGAUUUCGUCUAGCCUGUGAGCAAGCUCUAGUUCAGUUCAACCAAUCCUGUCCCUCGCAGGCUGACAUUCUUCUGUCCUACACAACACCAUAUCAACUUUUCUUUCAGCAAUACAAGAAUGUCCAACAGCAGGAAUCCUUUGGGCCGAAGCAAUAUUCAUGGAAGCGAGGCCUCAAAGGAAAACUAAGAGUGUGGACGCUUUAAAACGAUGCGAACACGAUCCACACGUUCUUCUCGCUGUCGCAAAGUUGUUCUGGAGUGAACGAAAAGUGACAAAAGCAAGAGAAUGGUUCAACAGAGCGGUCAAGCUGGACCCUGAUCUCGGGGACACGUGGGCUUACUUUUAUAAAUUUGAGUUGCAACAUGGCACAGAGGUUGGUUCAUUAUUUUUCAAUUUCUGCAUUUUAUAAUCAACAUUCAAGAACAUGCAUUACUGUACCUCUGCAUGGUCUAGCAAUGCUUAUAAAAUGAGCAGCGAGUUCUGUACAACAUCAGAUCACUUAAAGAUAGUUCACAUUUAAGAACAUGUACUACCCCUUCAUGAUCUAACCAUGCUUAACUCAGCAGUGAGUUCUGUACAACAUCAGACCACUUUAAGAUAGUUCACAUUUAAGAACAUGUACUACCUCUGUAUGAUCUAACCAUGCUUAACUCAGCAGUGAGUUCUGUACAACAUCAGAUCACUUCAAGGUAGCUCACAUUCAAGAACAUGUACUACCUCUGCAUGAUCUAACAAUGCUUAGCUCAGCAAUGAGUUCUGUACAACAUCAGAUCACUUUAAGGUAGCUCACAUUCAAGGACAUGUACUACCUCUACAUGAUCUAACCAUGUUUUACUCAGCAGUGAUUUCUGUACAACAUCAGAUCUCUUUAAGGUAGCCCACAUUAAAAAACAUCUACUACCGGCUCUGCAUGAUAUAUUUACUGUGCUAAACUCGGCAAUGAGUUCUGUACAACAUCUGUAUGAUCUAACCAUGCUUAACUCAGCAGUGAAUCUGUAUGAUUUACCCAUGCAUUAUCUUGUAAUUGUAUUUCUCCAAAGCUAAUAAUGAAGUCAUGAAACUUUUUGUUUCUCCUCAGAGCCAACAAGAACAUGUCGUGAAGCGGUGUGAAGCUGCAGAACCUCAUCAUGGGGAGACGUGGUGCGCCAGCUCUAAAGCUGUUAAAAACUGGCGAAAGAAAACCAAAGACAUUUUACAAACUGUUGCCAAACACUUGAAACCAAUUGAUAAAGAGUAAUGCAUGCUAAUACAGUAGUGAUUCACAAAUUGCCCCGAGUUUUACCGUGAAAAUCUUUAGUGACUUCACUUCAAAACUUUUUUAUAAUAACUUGCAAGCUCCCCCCGGUCUUAUUGCAUAAUUCGCUUCCUCCCCCUUGCCAGUCGUAUUCUCGUUUCUGAUUGGUUAAAGAAUUCCCUUCGCUGAGUUCGCUCUCCUGGAUAAUUUUUCCUACAAAAUUAUUUCAAGAAUGUCCCGAAAAAAUCUUGAAAUAUUCAACGAUAAAUUGCAAAUGGUUUGUUCAAAAUCCACUAAAAGUGUAGCAGACUUGUAACUGGUAAGCAGUAUACAUUUAUUUGUAUUUUAUCCGUAUAAAUAUGUAGUUUAUUGGCUUGCAAAUUGGACUUUAAUCUUGCUGAUUGAAACACGUUGUACUCUCGUCUAAAAAAACUUUAUUUAACUCUAUUUCGUUGUUCUAAACUCAUAUUUGUACGUAGAAGGUGUAAUAGUUUAUUAACUGAAAUAUAAUUCAAAUACAAUUCAUAUUGUAAAGAAAGGCAAAGUCUGGAAAGAAAAAUUUAGAAAUUGCCGCCAUUAUGUGACGGCGCGGGGUCUGAGACACAGUAAUUUCAAAGGGCUUUUCAAGUACUGUAACUUUUCAUUGUUUUCAAGUACUUUCAACACUCGAUUACAAAAAUGUUUUAAAAAAUUUAUACUAUUAUGUUAUAUGUACAUGCUAGUCACAUAGUUAUGUAAUCACUCUGUGUUUGGGACCAGAGUUUGGGACAACUGACAAGAAGAAACGAUGAAAGUUACAAAUAUAUUGUCAAAAUGUUCUCCAACAACAAUGCGAAGACCACGGUCUAUUGUGGUUCUACUUCUAGUAGAAUUCGUUAUUAUCUUCGCUUUAUACAAAUUGAGUUUAAAUCUAGCGUUUGUACGAGAAUUUUUCAUCGAAAGACGAUGUGGGGCGCAAAAAUAUGUGAGUUUGCCUCCUCGAAGGGACAAAGUUAUGUCUGAACAAUGUCAACACCUGGUUGAUAUCGCGGCGUCUAUGCUGAAUGGCGAGAAAAUUCAACUACCUUUUGAAACUUCUGACACUAGAUGGAAAUUUAAGGAAGCAGCAGACCUCAGUUCCUAUGCCAAAACAUUCUUUCGAUGGAAUUAUCCAUGGGAGCAAGCCAACAGUCGAGAAACUAUGGAUUUGGCAAAAUACUAUAAUGUUUCUGCCAAGAGUUUACCAUUUAAGAAAUACUUUCUAACAUUUGCUGAAAGUUGUUGUGAGAUCUCAAAGAAACGUGCCCUCAAGCAUGCACUGGAGGUGGGCGGCUUCGAUGCUGCAAUCGCCCAUGAUAUGUGUUCGGUUAAGCCUGGAUUCAGGCGGGCUCAUAGGGAUGUCCUUUUUCGCCGGAAGGGCGCUGGGUAUUGGCUGUGGAAGCCACACCUUAUACUUAAAACGCUUAUCGAAGAUAUGUCGUUUGGGGAUGUUGUAAUGUAUGAAGAUGCUGGGAGUUAUUUGAGAAAAGAUGCAGGGCCUGUACUUAAACUUGCUCAUGAAUCGCCGCAAGGCAUAGUCGUGUUUACGUUACAACUUCUAGAGAAGUAUUACACAAAAUCUGAUACAUUCCGUAUUAUGCAAAUGAAUUACCCAGAGUUUAUUCAAGUUAGUUAUCAGACCCUAGCAUCAUUUGUUGUGUUACGGAAAGAUUGUAAAACGUUGCAGUUUGUUAUGGAAUGGCUUGCAUAUUCGUCAGACGCUCGUUGUGUGACUGGCGAUGCUAAUGUGUUAGGUGGACAGAACCACGAAGGCUUUAUCGGACAUCGUCAUGAUCAAUCAGUGUUGUCGUUACUGUCUAAGAAAUGGGGUUUGCUACAACAUAGAGAUCCAAGUUGUUUAUACAUGGAAGACAGUGAUUGGAAGGUUUAUGGUUAUGCAUCUGGGCCAUAUGAACAACUCAUAGUACAUGAUAGGUAUAGAUCUUAGCAAGGCUGGUUUUGGAAUGUUAGGGCUUAGAAUGUACCCCCCCCCCCCAUAAAGUCAACUAUGUGACAUAUGCACAUUCAUUAUGAUUGGGUCGUUCCAGAAAAGAUCCAUUCUCCCCCACGGAGGAAAUUUCUGCCCUUCCGGAGGGGGAGGGGAGAAAAAAUUGUUUCUGAUAAUAGUAAAUGUAUUAGCCAGGACAUCUGAAGGGGGUAGGGGGGUUAACUUCCCAUUUCCUCUGUGGGGGUGGUAUAGAUGUUUUCUGGAAUGACCCAUUGUACAACUCAUCCAAUUUUGUCAUUCAACACAUUACUACAAAGUUUCUUUUGAAAAACAUUCUUACAAACACAAAGAAAUUUGUCAAAUUUUAACCUCCAUUCCCAAGGGGAGGUGCAAAAUGUUUUGAGGGGAGGUGUGCACCUUCCCCCACCUCCCCUCAAAAUCCAGCCAUGGAUCAUAGUGUUGCUAUGUAAAGUUGCUGUGAUUAUAUUGGGGUCUCAAUGGUAUAGUAGUUUCACCUCUGUGACCUGUGUGAUUUAAUUCCUGCAAUAUACAGUUGUGUGACGAAGGGCCUUCCCUCAAUACAUUGAAGCAGUAGCGUAGCCAGCCCGAUGAUUUAGUCCCGCUAUGCAAAUAUAGACCGUGAAAACAAUCAAUUUCUAAAGAAAUGAAUAAUGAUAAUAAUUUUGAAUUUGCAUAGCGGGACCAAAUUGGGUCAUUCCAGAAAAGAUCCACACUCCCCCCACAGAGGAAAUUUCUGCCAUCCGGAGGGGGAGGGGAGAAAAAAUUGUUUCUGAUAAUAGUAAAUGUAUUAGGACAUCCGAAGGGGGUAGGGGGGUUAACUUCCUAUUUCCUCCAUGGGGGUGGUAUGGAUGUUUUCUGGAAUGACCCAUUGUCAGGCUGGCUACACCACCAAUAGAUUGAAGAAUAACAGAUUGAAUAUAUAUAUUUGAUAUAAUAGAUUGAAGUGUUACUUUUAUUUGUCAGGAAGUUGAAUCCAUUUUAAUUAGCGGCUUUCUAAUUUGUAAAUUAAUUUGUUAUUUUGUUGUAUGUAAUAAUCUAAAUAAAUUUAAUAUGUUUGCCAGACAAUGUUUGGUGAUGUGGACUUUUUAAUAUCUGUUUAAACCAGCUAUGCUGAAUCUGACAUACCUGAUUAAAUAUUUUCUUCAUUCGUUCAUUCAUUCAAUAUCCAGAAUAAAUUCUAAACCUUGGUAUUAUACUCUGUGCCUCGUUUUCGUUAUCGAGAUUUGAGCUGUAGAGCUUUAUCUUCGGUUGACACAAGUAAAUCUCUGACUAGAAGUUCAGGGCUUACCACUACCACUUUCCUCUAGCUACUUUGGUUUCUUUCUGCAGUAACAAUAGAUCUCUAGGGAUAAAGCUAUCCAAUAUAACUAUCCAAUAUAGUUAUCCAGUAUAAAUAAUUAGUUUAGUUUAGGUUUCCUCCUGUAGUAACACUGGAUCAAUAAGAGAUGAUCCUUACUGGACUUCUAGGAAGAACAGUUUAGAACUGAUACAACUAUCCUGUAUGAAUAAAGCCAAAAUUAAAGUUUGUAUUUUAAAAAUGACCAUGUGUUAAUGUUUGGAUUAUUUAGGGUGUUACUCAGCAAAUACCGUACGCCCACAAGAUACGUUAAUGAACAUACGCGUGGACAAUACCCCUCGCCCCCAGACGGCUAAUGAAGUCAGAGAAAGUGAGUGGGUGGUCAGACGUCUUUAGCCGGUGUAUACGUCGUUAUCGCAAGCAUCGUCUACGCUCUAUUAGGUAAGAGGGAUUAUGAAAUUAUUACGAGGCAAUUUUUCUGUCCUGUUUGAGGAUUUUCGGUCGUUUUCCUAACUGGCCCAACAUACCAUGCAGUUUAACCUCGUGGUAUUAUAGUCGGCUUACAUCACAGUGGUAGGGGGAUUGAAAUAGUUUUAUUCUGUUACGGCUAUUAAAAUACAGUCGCGCAAUCGACGAUUCUGACUAAAUACCUUCGGCUUCGAGACGAUAGUAUCGUUCUAUUUCGAUCUAGUUUCAGAAUGAUUCUCGCUAACACCAAUUGUAAACUUAAUUUUCUAUGGAAACUCUAUUUCAAAUGUGAUCAUUUUGACCGCACCGUCUAUCUGGCUCUUUGGUAAAGUUUCUUUUUCACUGGAAUAAGACGCUAAUAUGGUUCAGCUGUAAGAUUUCUUGCGCUUAUCAACAUUCACUGUGCCGGAAUAUUAGUGAAGGCAUGCAAUCAUGGAACUCUUUUGCGCAACUGAUUUUUUUAAUCCUCUGGUAAGGUUCAGAUUAGAUUGCAUAUACCCACAACUAUAACCGCGUAUAUUAUACUAAAAUACCUAUAAAAUACGAAAUACAUUGUAAAUAAUCUAGUGCGCAGACUGGCGUGAAGACUUCUUGUGGUAACUGCUUGCCUAAUAAUAAAUAAUUGAAAUAAUUCCAUCGCAAGGGAACGUUCUGCUGUACUGCCAUGUAAAGGUUGUCAUGACAUCUACACCAACUAACGAAACUCAAGAUCGUAUAUGGCUUGUGGUUCACUUAUUACAUUGGGACGAAACGCAGACUGUACAUAGUGUGUGUCUCAUUUUUACUGUGAAAAUAUACUAAAUUGUUACCAUAACUCCUGAUUAUAUAGGGUGGAACAAUGCCUUACAAUGGUGUCUUGAUAAUUUGAUUAGAACACAAGGUGAUAGGCAUUAGAACAAUCUUUGAACGUGGGCGACUUCAAAGAUCUUAUAAUAUAAGCCUUCACUUCACUUUUUAACAUAAAAGUUAAAACUAGGGCAUUUUUGACAGUAAAAACAUGAUCAUUAAAGAAACGAGUAUAUAAUUAUUACGCGGUUUAUAAAAAUUUCAUAUACUAUUUUAAGAAUUGAGACGUUAGUCUUGUGAUCGAUACCUUCCCUCCCGCGUGGGCGAGUGUCGUACCGUAUCCAAGUGAUAAGUGAUAUGAAACUUGUUUGAAUUAACCAUAAUUAGCAAAGUAUUUUUGUUAGAGAGUUGAUGUCGUGUAGUUUAAUGAAAGAGUUGUGAUCUUGUGAUCUUGUUAUAUCAUAUUCAUGCAUGCCGAGUGAGAUAAUAAUUCACAGUUUAUGCAUUACGACACUUUUUGCCUUUGGCUGGUUAUUUCAACAUAGAGUUUAGUCAAUUUUUCCAUUAUAAACCAAGUAUGUUUGUUGGAUUAAGUCAUGCAGAUGGCUGUAAUAAAACAGUUAUUCAUAUCCAUGCAGUUAGAAAAUGAGCAAUAUUCAAUGAAUUUAUUACGAAACACAUCGCUGACUAUUUCAACAUAGAUUUAAUUAGUUAAUUUUCCAUUGCCCAAGUAUGUUUUUGAAUUAAGUCAUGCGGUGGCUGGAAUAAAACAGUUAUUUAUAUUCAUAUACAGUUAGAAAAUGAACAGUAUUCAAUGAAUUUAUUACGAAACACAUGGCUGACUAUUUCAACAUAGAGUUUAGUCAAUUUUUCCAUUAUAAACCAUAAAACCAGUAUGUUUGUUGGAUUAAGUCAUGCAGAUGGAUAAAACAGUUAUUUAUAUUCAUAUACAGUUAGAAAAUGAGCAGUAUUCAAUGAAUUUAUUACGAAUACAUGGCUGAUAUAUAUAGUCCAGUACUCUGUGUGUUUGAUAAGAGUGAGACCAGAUAAACUGUUCAAGGAACUUUUUCAUGCAAAAGGCUGUAAUAAAAAGUUAUUUAUAUUCAUGUAGUUAGAAAAUGAGCAAUAUUCAAUAAUUUAUUAUGAAAUCCAUGAUGGGCACUGUCAUUUUUUCUAGCUUGACAGCUCGAAACAUAAGUAGAAUCAUAAAUGAUGUACUUUGCCACUUUGGUAUUAGUUUAUUAAAAUUUCUAUUAGCUAUAACAUAUUAACAUAGACAUGGAGGGAGCGAGUUAUAUACUGGAUAACAACUCCAAAAAUCCUUGGCUAUUCCUUUACACAACAGUCUGCAUUAAUCAUACUUGCGCAUGACCACCUUGCGCAAGUUUGCUUCAUAGAUAGACUGAGCUGGUAUUUUCAUCAGCUGAGUUAUAACCAGGGGAAAUUUCAUCAUGCUGAUGUGAUCAUAUUGUGAAAUAAGAUUUUAUAGUACCAUUGACAUCUAAUGCAAUGUUUCAUAAGACAAGGUUUCCUGUAGUGAUACAGGAUAUUUCGACUUUCCUGGCCUGAGAGUUGUACACAUGCAGUCAGCUUGUUAGAAAUUAGCCACAUGAUCUUAAUCAAAAUUGCAUCAUAUGACAUUACGUCGUUUUCAAUAUGGGAAACAUGACGACAUAUGGAUGAUUGUAAUUUCACUUCACAUGUAUGUCAGAAGAUUCGAAUUUAAUAUCGCCGAUUUUCUUGGCGUUUUCUUUAAAGCAUGGCCCUUACUUACUACAAAGUUUUAUUACUGUCUUUUCAAUACAAGGUCUAAACAUGUUGAUAGAGAUUAUAUAAUCUGUAACAAUACAUAUAUUACCAUAAAUUUCAGGCUGCGAGCAGAUCUAUGCACUAGGGCCUGUUAGCAAAUAUAAUUGUCACAGAGCAAUGUAUCGCAUGUCAGCACCAAUUCAGAGAUCACAGAACGUUGAGUUUUACAUGCAGAGGGCAACAGGACGCGCCAUUAGCUUCUAUUCGAUUAGCCUGCUUAUAUAAUAGCAGUAUUUUAUUUUUUUAAGGUUUUGAGUAUUUUUUAGCCACUGUUACGCAGGCUAUAAUUCGAUAUAUAAAGUUUAUAUUGUGAACCCUACGACUAAAACCACUUUAGAUCUGCAUAAUAUAAAGAACUAUCCGUAAUAAUAGCGAUAACAUUUCUUUUACUCGCUAAAUGUCACUUCAGAAAUCAGAAUGAUCUAAAUUAGGCAGAAAUCUAUCUGCUCGAUGAUAACGAUGUUUAAUAUGAUAACAUGUUUUAAUGGUACAAGUAAUGUUUUAUGGAGUGGAAUGCCUUAGCCUGAAAACAGACCUACGUUUCGCCCGCCCUAAAAUUCGCGGGUCGACGGCAAGGGCGAAGGUCUGUUUUAUGAAAUGUCAUAAUAUCCUCCCAAAUUCUCUUGAAACAAGCCCACCUGCGCAAUCCUGAAAUGAUUUAAUCAUCCGUUGUCGUCAUCGUCUGUCUAUAUUUUGUGUAAAUAUUUGCUGGCCACGGGCAGGGCUUACGCCUCAGUUUAGGAAAUAGUUGUUUAUAAUCUCAAAGUCAAACAUUGUCUAAAACUCAGCUGGGUUUCUUCGCCUUCGUGUUUUAUUUUAAAGUUCCGUUGACGUACUAUGUCCAUAUAGGCUUAAGGCUUUUGACAUAUCGGUACUGGAAGAUGUUUUACUAGGAAUAUUUUUUAAGGAAGUUCAAACUUCUCAGUAAAAAUACACAGCAAAAAAUUCCUGAGUAUUCUGACAGAAAAACUUGAGUAAAAUAAUGCGCCCACAAUUUGGCUCAAAAUUUUGAGUAAAAUUAUUCAAAUGUUAUAUACAUUGCUCAGAUUCACUCGAUAUUUUACUCGUGUGGGUUUAUUACUCGGGUUUUUAAGUCGCCGGAAUUUUUCUCCAGUGUAUGCGAGUAAAUACGAACCUCAAAUGAUCAUGUUUUGUGAUUGACUGUAUAUAAGACAACAGUGAUCAGUGUAAUGUCAGUGUUUAUGACUCGUUCUUUAAGACGACUUUAUUUCAUAUUUAUCAUAUUAUUGCCUUGAUUUUUCUGUGUUGGUGUAAUUGUACUCGGGUGAAUAUGUUGCUUGUGAUGUUACUCUGAGUGUAUAUCCACAGCGGGCAAGCUUGAAAAAUAUCCCUGGCCACGGUGGGAAUCGAACCUACGACCUUUGGAAUUCUAGCCCAAUGCUCUGCCAACUGAGUCUCUGUCUUUUUAUACUAUAGUAAAACAUAUCGUGGUUCUGGUCACUUGUAAAAAAUUGUGAGAAAAAAUCGUUGUCUCCAGCAGCGGGAUUCAUGCUUAUCUUUACUGACUCCUAUGUAGACCACUGCUCUAUAACUUAAUCAAAAUUGUAUAGCAUGCAGCGUAUGUGCUAAAAAUGUUCAGAUGAAAUGCAAAUUUUGCCAAUAUACAAAGAGGCCGUAAGAGGUCUAAUGGCUGAUGACCGCCUUCUAUUGAAAACAUUGUCUGAAACUCCCUGAAAGGAUAGUUCUUCCUGUGACGUGUUUGGACUAAUAAAUUCCUAAUUCUAUGUACGAUAUAAGAAAAGAAUCUUCAGGGGUUCACUCACUGUCUGCUAUUAUUAGGUGAGUGGGUUCACAAUUACUCCCUCAGUAUUAAUUUUUUUUCCCUUAAAAUGUUUUGUUAAAUUACUCGGUGUGUUGAUGCAUGUGAUCAGAAUACGUACGCAUGAUGGUAUGAUGUCGUCAAUUCUAUAAUGACUCUAAGUACCUUUGACGUAUUAGUGGAACUGUGGAUGUCAUUGGGGGAAACAUGCCUCGAGGAGAUGCACCUCGCUGGUCAAGGAAAUUCAAACGUUUAUUAAGUUAUCUAUUGUGGGUUCAAAUGGGAAAAUACCUGAUAUCUGAUGUUUUUGUACUUUGUACAACUUAAUAUGCACUCAGAUUAGGUGUGCCGUCAGGUGACAAAUGGUACUUCGUCGUGACUUGUGUUGGCAACAAGUAGUUGAUGGUUGUAACCUCUUGAAAAUACCUGAAAAUACAGAGCUUUAGAUUUUACUGCGUGAACGACUACGUGAUAAUGAUUCGUUGUUUGCCCAUUCUUACGCCAUUACGUACACACGCCAUGCAUAUUCUCGUAGUAGAUCUGUAGGCCGUUCUUGUCAUGAUCAAUAUUGUCAUUGCAUAAAUAUUAAAUAUCCGUUCUAUCAUAUUUUAAAUUUGGUCAUGACUUAUAUGAUAGCGUAUUCCAGAUGUCGUACAAAAAUAUAGCAUAUCGAAAUAACAAAUCUCGUGCUCGUAGUUAAAUAAAAAGCUCUCUGAUAAACAUUUGGAUUUUUGAGUGAAGGCCCUUAUAUUUUAGUCUUCAUCCAAUCCAAUCAUGUUUCCCGUGCAAAGACAUCUAUGUCGGAUUCAUAUAUAUAUAUAGCUAUACUUUACUGAGGGAUUUGAAUACUUUGGGUUUGGAAAGUUUGUUGGUUAUACGUUGCCAAUAAAGUGUAAGACUAAAGAGAUUACCGCAAACCUAAACGGUACUUGACUAAAAACAAAGAAUUACUAAACCGUGAUAUUAGCGUAACGCCGGUACGUAAGAACGCGAAUUAUUGCGCCAGGAAUAGGCUGACUACGUGACCAAGACAGCUGUAUUUAUUUCGGCAUGUGUCAUGCUGGUGCCGAAUAUGGUUAUCAUUCCAUGUUUCGCGCACCAAUAUAGGUUAGGGUUAGGGGUUAGGGUUAGGGUUAGGGUGUGUAUAUAUGUGUAUAGAGGUAUCUAGUGAACUUUUCAGUAUUAUAGUGAUAAUAUCGAUUACAUAACGUUUACUAUAUUGGUGCGUGAAACAUGGAACGAUUACCCAGAAUAUAUUAUAUACUAACUUUCAAGUUGGUCAUGAUUCUGUAAUGUAUAGGAUUGAAAUGUAACUAGAUGGUAUAUUUUCCCAAAAAGGAGAUUGCGGAAUUAUGCUGUAAGCCUGUACCUCAGUACCUAUAUAUGAUCAAUCAGAGGAUGAAUCGUUCACUAGUAUAGGCUAUAGUACCAUCCAUAUACUGGAUCCAGACUAUUUUGCUUGUAAUGUAAUAGUGUCGAUAUAUGGUUUCCAUAUGGUCAUAAUGGUCUUGAAAAUCGAGUGACGACCUUUUCAACGGCUAUAGUUUAUAAUAGUUUAUACUUGUAAACCACAUAUAAAUGAUAAGUAUUCUCUAGUUUUAAUCACUCUACGUAUUUUCAGUUCUAAAAUGUUGUAUUUCGGCUGAUGAGAAAGAUCGUGUGACUCAAUCUUUACGACCGUAUGAAAACCAGACUUAGAAACACACCACAGUUGAAAUCUGUGAACACACAAAAGACAAUUAGCUAGACCCAGACACUGUCAGUCUGUCAAUAUAUCGGUUCUGCAUCUAGAGUGUGGAUAAAUCUCUACAAUCAUUAAAAGACGGUUACAUUCUGCACACAACAGACAAGGUAGACUAUUUAACAUCAGUUAAAAUUGAAAACAAUGCAAGCACUCGUAUUGAUAUCUACAAUCCUGGACAAAACCAUCUGCGACACUCUAUUAAAACAUUCCUUUGUGGCUUUUUUUACCAGUUAGACCGGAAUAAUUUACUCGUUUGCCCCCCUCCACCCCCCAAAACAAUGUUGGACGUUUUAUCCGUUUUCUACGAAUGCAAUCAACAUUGAAUGGUGGGGGAAAGGGGGAGGUUUUCUAAAUUUACGAUAGUAUUACGACAUUUUGUCAAGAAAUUGGAAGUGUCGCAGAUUUGAAUCACAAUAUAACUCAUGUCUGGGUUCGAAACUUGUGGGAGGCUCAAGGAGUGUACAAAACAAUAGUAUUAUGGUAACAUCGGAAAUUAACUAUGUUUCAAUAUUCUCAUCGACAUUAUUCACCACAGUGUAGUUGGUUGCAUAAUUUGUACCGGUUCCUGCCGGAACAAUAUUUAGUGUGACCAGAUUUGGUAAGAUAAAUUACUUUCGGUAAAAUUUCGACAAUUUGGGGAAAAUUUUAGUAAUGAAUUUUUUUACUGAUUUAGUAAUUUUUUGAUAAAAAUUCGAGUCUGAUCUGUAUCUUGUGUGAUAGUGAUGCCAAAAGCAAUUAAUGAAACUCUGUAUAGACUCUACAAGACCUGCUAAUUACAUGCCGGCAGGAACAUAGGAAAUUAGUUAGUUUUCUUGGCUUGUAUCUAUAUAGUAGCUGGCCAGUAACUGCAUGCAUACGAAGGGCAUUCGCUCAAAACGCCGAAAUUCUCCUUAUAUUUUUCAGGUAGUUGAAUUCCUCCCAACGAAAGCUUGUUAAUAUAACCUAUGUUUCUGUCCUUAUGACAGCAUCCAGUUAAAAAUAGAGAUCAGGAAUGCGACCGCAAAAGACAAGGACCGCGGGCGCAAAAACGUAAGACGAACGUUUUAUUGUCGUAUCGAAAGAUUGUUUUGCGAAUUCCGUUAAAUAUUAUGUAAAUUUCUUGUUAAAAUACAUGAAAAAACUGAAAGCUAUUUGUUCCACGUAAAAUCGUCUUGACUUUUCUCACGAUGGAGAAACAACCUAUACUCAACCAAGUUGCAUUCUCGAAUCCAUGAUGAUAUACUAUUAUUUUUGACGAAAAAAAUUGACCAUCAUUAAGCAAAGAUACUUACUCAAACUAAUAUAUUUAAUAUACUUACACUGUCUCUUUACAAUCUAAAAGUCUCAGUAACCUUCGGUUCGAUUGAAUACAUUAAUAUAUUGAUCAAGCACGAGGUCUUCAUGCAUGGUGGAGUGUAUAUUGUCACCAAGGAUUUUUAUCAAACCAUACUGGGGGGAAAUUUGGUAAAAAUUUUGAACACCGCAAAGUUGAGUAUGACGCUGGAAAAUACAAAAAUCUGCUUACUACGUACUGACAUUGCUCGGGGCUCGGGGUCAUAACAUUGACGUAUGUUUUCUAUUCAUUUUCUCAUUUACAUAUAGGAGAGGCUACCGUUAUAUACCACAGAAUAGCAAUUUAAAUUGUUUAUAUUUUGUGGUUAUACGUCUAAUACGUGUAUAACUUUGUUUGAUUGUUUUGUCUGUCAGGCUAAUCGGAAAUUGCUUAAAAUUCACCGAUGAGUAUCGAGUUAAUAUCGCAAUGCUUAAUCUUCCGUUCAUUGUUUGACUGACAGACAUUUUGUCUUGAUUUGUUUGACAUCAGAGAUAAUAAUUAUCGCAUACCUCCUCCGCCGAUCGAGGCAUUCCUUUAAAAGCCUCUGCGGAGGAGAGAAGCAUACCACUGUCGCCCCGCUUGUAAAACAAAACAUAUGAUUAAUUCGAGAAAGUAUACGGCUGUCAAAUUACUACAAUAGAUUUACGGUUAAUUUGAAAGGUUGUACAUUUUUUUUAUACACCCUGGAAUCUGUAUACACUAUCAAAGUUUCUGUGAUCACAGUAGGAAUUUAGGGGAACAGAUGCAGUGUUUCACGCUAAAUCAGUUCCCUCUUCAAACAUUUCUUAUAAACCCUUCAAAAUUUAGAAUUUACCUAUGCAAAAUUCCUACUGUGAUCACAGAAACUUUAAUAGUGUAAACCACUGUCUAUAGUAUUAGAUCAGUGGUUUAAACCAGUCUUUAUGGAUAGCAGAUGGUUGGUCAACUCGCUAUUAGACAGUCACACAAAAAUGCAGUUAAAAAUAUUUAAUAAUAACUUAGGUGUACCAUCGCAGCAUGGCUACGUGGCUAUAUAAAUCUUAAGUUAUCUUCACAGGAAAUAUAUUAUUUAUUUUAUCUUAUAUCUUUGUACAAUGCUAUAUAAGGAUAGCUUAAUAUAUAUAUAUAUAUAUAUUAAUAUCAAAUUUCAAUAUGAACAGCGCUAAAUGUUCAAUUUCAACUAAUGUACUUGCUCAUAAAACUGAGUAUAUAAAAUCUACAGUCAUAAAUCAUAAAUGUGCAUUAUGUUCAUGGCAUAAUAGAUUGUCUAUUAAUGCCUUGGCAACGGAUAAUCCGUAUACGCAAUACCUAGCAACACUGGUUUGUACAUUGUCUCUGAGCAGUGAGUCACCAAAUGUGUCAAGUUCAUGAGCUACCAAUAAACGAUAAAUCAAUGUAGCUGCCUCGCACGUUUUUAAAUUCAAACGAUGACAGAGUUUUGAGCUUUCGUAGUCGACUAGUCGACGAUUGUUUCUUCGUCUUUUUGGGCAAUGCAUCGGUCGUGUCGACCUUGUUAAGCUCAGUUAAACUACCGAGACUCCGCGAAGGUCUGCGCUCGGCCAACGUGUCCGUAUUAAUGUCUGUUGCAUGAAACAAGGCGCCCAUGUCGCAUGAGCCAGUUCUGGACAUGCUACACGCAGUGUUAUUGUUCAAAGUCGCACCCGGCGAGGCAGUGGGUGUUGAAUUCACUUCAGAAACUCCUGAAUCAGUGCUGGACACAGAUAAAGUUCUCUCCUCGCGAAACUUGCUGAGUGUGAAACUGGACACUAAGUCCUCAGAUAUCGCUGUUAGCAACGCAGUCAGCCAACUGUUUCUUUCUUCAUUUGAAAAACAACACAGACAGAAUGUCUUAAAGUAGAAAUGCCUGCUUGUCAAGCGUAGACAAAAUUUAGGUUUACUCUUCGUAUCAAUACUGUCAAUAUGUACACUGAGUCUUGUGAGAGGAAUGAUUCCGAGUGGUGCACCGUCCUUUUCAUUGAUACUGCGAAAAUAUAACAGACCAUCGUUCCGCAGUACAAAGUAUCUUGUUUUCCAAAAUUUUCGCAUCGAGCGACUUUGUUUGAAUAGAUAACCUUCACGGUAGAUAACUCCCGUAUAGUCCGCGCCGAGCGGUAUCGAGUCUACUUCAUCUCGAUCAAACAUAAGAUCAUGUAGAUGCUCAAUACUCGCCGAAAGCGUUUUCCGAAUGUCCCGCAUUGUUCUCCUGUUAUUCUCAACUCUUUAACAGAUAGAUUCUUGUCUUAUACUCUUCUUUAUGUUCAAUUUAUAAGCCUCUGUAGCCUUCAACCUUCCUUCCACGACAACAAACUCUCAAUAUGACACGAGCGUGUGAUCCGCUGUCUUUAUAACGCGUAUGACGUCAUGCCAGUAUCAUCAAAGCGUGACCGGAAAGUGCAGCUUGAAAUUGAAAACGCGUGCGAAACACAACACCACAUUUCAACGUUCUAUCGUUUCUCAAUUCCUGGAGUUGAAUAAAAAUGUUCUAAGUAUUGGUUUCGGCAAAGCGUUACCAAGCACCGUGUGUUGUACUCAUGGUGGGAGUCGCAUAAUCCAUCAUUUUCGUUUCUCGGUAAUUGCUAGAGUGGUGUUUUUUUAAAAUAUUGUAUUAGCUCGACCCCCUGGGUUUCACUAAGCAUUAUAUCAUCCAGCAUGCUGGUCAACCUGCAGUUAUCAGAGUUGAGAAAAUAAUGUUCAUUCUUUUCUAUAUAUGGAGUAGUCUUGUAUAUAUCGGGCAGUAUGUAAAAUUGUAAAUCAAAUCAAGAGAUCGAUAGUUGUCUUGCUUCUAUCAAUGUCAAUGACAAUAUUUCUGAAGAUGAGUCAUAACCUAACCUAUAAAUUAAGCUUCCUUAAAAUCCACUCUAUUCAGGCUAUUCUCUAUACAUACUCGGACUUUGACCAGACAUUUGACUCGGCUAUUUUCUAUUGUAUUCGAAAAACUGCAUCCGUUCAAUUUAGCGAGAAAAAUUGCGUAAUUUUCCUGUAUUUAAAUGACCUAAUUCGGCCAGAAAGAGCUUCCCCCACAACAGAGUGAAGUGGGAUGGGGCAGCCUUCUGAAAUAUUAAAAUCGUGUUUCUAUUUCUGGGUGUUAGGUUCCAAGUAGCCAAGAAAGCCGAUGUUUUACGGAUAUAUAUACGACUACCAUAUAAGCAGAGCUGUGACCUUUCACGGAAGACCCUUCUUGGGGCCAAACAAUUCACUUGCAGACGAAGGGCUUUAAUUCGUUCGAAACGCCAAAGUUCUCCUUGUAUUUUUUAGGUAGUUGUAAAUCCUAAUUUAGUAGAGUAUAAUAUGUUACCCGACUUGUGUGAAUUAUAAAACUAUAUCUGAAAAAUAAGAACAACUACUUCGGCGUUUCGACAAGGCCUUAGCACGCUAUAUUCUAUAGUGCUUUUUUUUUCUUAAUUAAUUUCCCCUAGAAUAAAAAAAAAAUAUUUGGCCUAGAGAGUAGAUCUACUAGAAACCUUCGCAAGGCUUUUGUAUCUGAGCCACUAUAGUCAUGUUCCUAUAUAGUUAUUAUAGAUUAUUUUAUUAUAAUUUAUAUACAGAUUAUUUUGUAAUUUAUAUCAAAUAGAAAUAAUCAUGCAAAAGAAAAGUUUAUGGUGUACAAUAUAUUUACAAAUUUGAAGCAUGAAGGGUUAAAAUGUAUAGUGGUUAUAUAUAUAUAUAUAUAUAUAUAUAUAUAUAUAUAUAUAUAUAUAUAUAUAUAUAUAUAUAUAUAUAUAUAUAUAUAUAUAUAUAUAUAUAGCUUAAGAUUUUGGUUUACGAAACAAUAUAUAUAUAUAUAUAGCUUAAGAUUUUGGUUUACGAAACACAAACAGUGCUCAAUACCAUAUAGAUAGAGCGUAAUAGAGUUUGGAAUCAUAUAUGAGUAGAGUGCUCAAUUACUAUCGUAGCGCGUUAUUUAAAUUCACCUGAUGAGUGAUUGGCAAGCCUCGUCUUGUCAUAAGAAACAAAUUUGUACUGAAAUAAAGUUCAUAUGAAGUAACUCAAGUUUGUCUUCUAAUCUUAUAUAAAAAUAUAUAUAUGUGUGUGUGUGUCUUCAUCGUGGGUCAAUGUAAAGUUUUCAAAAGUUGCAACGUGUCUCUUUUACUUUCCAAGCCCGUAACCCCCGUAGGCGAAUUUAUUUCCAAGUGUUAAUCGGAUAAUUACACUCGAAUGCAUCACGCAAACCAUGUGAGGUGCGUAGUAUAAUUCAGUGAAACGUGAGGCUGCUCGCAUCUUGACGCAGGUAUUAGAUCGAGUAACAGCUGUUUCAAAAGAAUAUAGUAUUACGAAAGUGUUAUUGGGAGUGGGCGUUGUACAAAAGCUGCACGUUCUAUAUGUGUUCAACGAAAGUUUUGACUAGCUUUUCAGCUUCUGAAACGUUCUCUGGGGCGUAAAAUUUAUUUAAACACAAGCUUUCGACUGGCAGUCUAGUGUUCGACACUUUACUUGUCGAAGACUGCAACUGGCAAUCGAAAGCUCGUGUUUAAAUAAAUUUUACGAUCAGAGAACGUUUCAGAAACUUUAUCAGGAAUCCUGGUCACGCAUCUAGCAUUUUUUAAAAGCUUUCAGCGUUGGCUGGCUAUGCAGGCUAUAGAUAGAAUGCGUGAUUUUGGGCAUUUCUCUCUCUAUAGAUAGAACUAAAUGUUGAAAGCUUUUCCGAAGAUGGAAAUUGCGAGGGAAAAUUUUAUGAUUUUUACACCAGGAGCAGUUUCAAAAAAUGGUACUCUAGGGCAGGAAUAGGCCCUGCGCAAGUUCCUGUAUACAGCCAAUCUGCCAAUUCAAAAAAGAUUUUAAAGUUAAUUUAAACCUUAAACUCUAAGCGUACAGAGCAUAAUGUGAUCAUCAUUUAAUGCGUUUAGAAACAGUAUAUGGGACCUAUUUUUUAGAGACAUGAUAAACAUCUCCUUACGAAAUCAAUCAUUGACAACUAGCUGCAAUAUUCAACUACUAAGCUUGAAACCUGUUAUACUAAGAAAUGUUGUAAGGUUUUUUCGAAAAUGGAAACUUCUAGUGAGAUUAUAUACAUAUUUUAGUGGACUAUAUAAUAAUCCAUUGGAAAUGUUUAUGCGGAUGGAGUCAACGUGGUUUCACUGACGCGCGUGCCGUGUGUGGGAUGGCGCGAAAGACGAAACGUGCGAAUUCAGGAGUAUGAUUUCCAAUUAAUCCUGUCCGUUGGGAUAGCAAAACAGAUUAAUUUAACUUAAAAAACAUCUGGACGUUUCUUCGAAAGGAUUUUCUAAAGAAUCUUGAACAGUCUUUGCUAGUGUAGGUAGUCAAAUGAGGGCGUUCGCUCGCUUGAGAAAGCUUUUCUCAAAAAUGCAUGGCAACUCUAAGAUUCUUCGGGCGAGGAGUCAUCCUGGUUCUCACGCUGGGCGAAUAACGCAGUUUCCUAGUCUCCUCCGAAGCCAUUUCCCUAAUGGAUUAUCACGAAGUUCAGUCUUUGAUUGUAAACCUCUUUAAAGAAAUUACUUCAUUAAAAAGUCUUUGAGUUUCUCUAAGUUGGUCAACGUCAUCUAUAUUGUGCUUGACAAACUUCACGUAGCAAACCUUCAGAGCCCUUUGCCCACUAAGACUCUCUUUGAUGAGCAAAAUCGUCUCGUGUUAGACAUUAGGGUGCAUAAGGGGCCGAUUACAUGGAGCAUUUUCAACCCCGGGGUUGAACUCAGCCCUGUUUACCGGGUUGAAAUUUCAGCCCUGUCUGUAAUACAAAACUCUAUCAAAAUCAAACGCGCGAUUACAUGACAAAAUUUUCAACCCAGGGCUGAGUUCAACCCCGGGGUUGAACUCAGCCCUGGGUUGAAAAUUUUGUCAUGUAAUCGUUUCAACCCAGGGCUGAAAUUAUCAUGAGUUAUUCGAGCAUACGUGGUAGUGACUAUUUAUUACAAGAAGACAAAAUAAAGGCUUUUUUUACUUCCACGAAUCGAUGCCGCGAACGUAUAGUAUAACGUUUUAACCCCGGGGUUGAAAUCGUCCAUAUAAUCGCAAAAAAUUUCAACCCGGUUAACAGGGCUGAGUUCAACCCCGGGGUUGAAAAUGCUCCAUGUAAUCGGCCCCUUAAUUUGGGCGUGAGUUAUAGUGAGUUAACAGGAGACAUUGGCAGAUAGCAUGCAUGGCUAAUCAUUAACACACAAGACUCCUUUUCACGUGAAAAUCGUCAGCCAAUUUCCCACUGGGCGAAUUUGUUCGCGUGACUACUACUAAAAAGUAGGAACUGAUCCAACUUUUUCGCGGCGAUCUAAUCCAACUUUUUCAAAGGAACGAAUCCGACUUUUUUGCUAACCAAUCACAUUGGCAAGAUUUUUUUCGCUUCGCGCGAACAAAUUCGCCUGGUGCAUGAAAAUGUGCUAUAGAUUCAACUACCUAUGCUUGUAGAUGCGCUAAGACAGCGAAAAUGUAGUCAUACAGACGCCGCGGAGAGAUUUCCUCACGACAAUUUGAUAUCCGUGUCUGACGAAUGUCUAAUGAAGUAUGUCGACAGGCACUGGGAAAAACGCAACGUCAGGACUCUAGUCUUUCAUGAAUAUUGGCUGAUGAAACUUUACUAUUUAUAUAUAUAACUUGCUAAAUAUAUUGCUGGCAAGAAUGAAGAUUUGGAAUCAACGGAGGAAACUGUUUUCAUACUCAGUUCUUUGUGAAACUUUACUAUUUAUAUUUAUAACUUGCUAAAUAUAUUGCUGGCAAGAAUGAAGAUUUGGAAUCAACGAAGGAAAUUGUUCUCAUAUUUAGUUCCUUGUUUGGCUUUGCUGAAACAUAUUUUAAUAGUUUUUCUAAAACUUUCCGGCCUCUCAUUCUGAAAUUUUUUCUUAUUUUUAAUCAUAUAUAUUGGUCUUCGGAAAAGUUUGGCAUCCAUGGGUCGGGGUUCCUCCCGGCCCCCACGUUUUCUUCAAUCUUCCAGGGUUUUUUUAGGUAAAACAUUGGCAAAGAUGUCUUUCUUAUAUGAAAAUCUUGUGUCCUCAAUUCUUAAUGACCCCAUGACUUAGGUUGCUUCCGUAUUAGUACAUCAUUAGGGCUUAUAUAUAAUUACAAAAUGAUGCAACUCGCUUCAAGUUUUUAAACUUUUUUUUAGUCAUAGUUGCAUCAGAUACGCAAGUUCACAGUUGGUAUGUUUCAGUCAUGUGAUGAUACGUUUAGCACUGGGUGGUCAACUCCAAAUGAAAACACCGAUUUGUCCGAUCAAGUUAAAUAUUCAUAUAUAUAAGUAUUGAUCUUGUGUUUAGUAUCAAAUAUAAUAAUUUAUAAUAAUUUAUUAAUUUGUACCGCGCUAAAACUAUAGAAUAUUCUAAAGCGCUUAAUUACAUAAAAUAGGAAGCUAAUUUAAAAAUUUCCCUACGUUAUUUACACAUCAUUUAACUACUAUAAGCAUCUAUUUAAAAAUAUUUAAAAACAAGAAGUGUUAUUAAUGUACGCAUCUCUAUACAAAAAUGUCUUAAGAUCUGUCUUAAAAGAAUCCAACGAAGUUUAAUGAAAUUUACUUGCUUCCACAAGGCAUAAAGUGGCAAUAUAUGUAAAGGCGACCAACAAUUAAGCGUUUCCCUAAGUUGAGUGAAACCCACCUAUCGUUUUUUUCAACACGGCUUCACCCCAAACUAAUUAGCAUAACUAAUUUUGGUGGCAUUUUGCAUUAACGCUCGUGUAAGGACGAAAAAAACCUUAUCUUUAAGUUUUGUCAUAUGUGUUGAAGGUUAUCACAAACUGAUACAGUGUGUGUUUUUCCUGACUGACCUCCGUGUUGAUAAUUCUUUGCUAGCUAAACUAACACCAAACGUACAGUCAAAGAUUUUAUAGAAUUGUCUCUAUAACUGCAGAGGAUUACGAUAUCCCGCUAGUCUAAAAGUCUUCAAUAGGAUAUUAAAACUAGCUUUAAAGUCUGCUACAGAAUUAGGCUAGUCUUUCUCACGAAUUAGGCUAGCCUUUCCGCCAUUUUCGGGGUACUUCAAGAGUCUCCGCACCACGAAAUACAACUUGUUAGUAUUGUAGUUGUUUUGUUUGGGCCUUGUUUGUAUAAUGGUAAAUUUACAGUUACAACUUUUAAAAGUCGCUUUUCACGUUGUUUGAAUUGUCUAGAAUCUUUCACGAGGGCAGACAGUACCCCAAAAUGGUGGAUUUUGACCUUCGUGAGAAAUGCUCAUUUAUUAUCGUAACCAGAGGUAGUGAUGAAUUUGAUGUUUGGUUUUUCUGUAACAACUCGCCGAAGAAGAGGGUAACAUGCUUACAGCAACCUCAAAGAAAGGCUUUUUAACGCUUUUUCUUUGUUAACUUCAGGAAGAAAUCUUGUAGUUUGUUUUAUAAAUUUUAUCGUUAAAGUUUGCGUUGUUAGUAAACAACAGUGCACAAUCAAUAGUUAAUGGGAAUAACUGCUCGUUUGUGCAAACCAUUCUUUAAUUAAAAGGGGAUAUAGAUUGAGUGGGUCGUGGGAGUGAAACGGAUGCCCAUGCGAAGUGGCCGGCCACACGGCGAGACUUCGAACAGCGCCAGGAGGGAAGAUAAAUUCAUCCUGCCCAUUGUUUAAGCAAGGAAAGGCCUUGGAUUAACUACAAUACAAAUAUUUUGAGUCUGUGACAAUAUUGUAUUUAAUUAAAUUGUCAAACAAUUGUCAGUGUAGGAUAUUACUCAUGGUAGAUUAUAUGUCUGGAGGCAUGGCUUUGUAAUUCAAAGAAUGUGCACCGAUUUUACUCGAGCCUGGAAACGAGGCUAAAACUCUGUCUGACAACUGUGUAACAACUUUUGACCAUAUCGCGCAGGCUAAAUAUCGACCAAAUAUCCGCACAGUCGGCACAGAACCCCUUUAAGUAAAAGAGUCAUCCUAAGCGAUCCCAUUUUCUUUAUUUCGAGUCUUUGAUGACUUUGAUCAAUCAUAUUUAAUAUUAAUAGCCAUUUUGUUGUAUUUUCUUUCCUUAUAAAUGGUUUUAAGAAGGUACUUUACUCAAAUUUUCUUUCAAAUCAAAUAAAUUCGCUUAAUAUUCACUUCAAUAUAUAUUCAUUUUGAAACACGUUUUAUAUUAUUCACUUACGUUGAGUUACGUAUAUGUAGUAAUGUAGUAUUAUUAGAAAACACAAGUUUUAAUAUUUUAAUAAUAUAUAAACGUAAUAUUUUGUUUUAUAAAACUACUAUAGAAGACGUAGCAUUUAUAAAUAGUCUAAUUUAUUUUCUAAAGUUGUUGACUGUUUAUAAAUGCUUUUCAUAAGUAUACUGUUCAGACAGUUGGUGUGAGGCUGGUAUAUAAACCCAUUGAAUGCUCUCCCCUUGAUGAGUAUUAAUAAAAUGAUCUGGUGUUUAAUAGACAGAGUAAAAUAAUAAAGUUGGCUGCAUCGGGGCACAAUGCGACUCAAUGGGUUAAUGUGACUGACUGAUCAGAUUUAAACAGGGGCUCCGGAAGCAAUGUGAAGCGGCGGGGGCAGCCAUUUCAAAAGGACACUUGCUUUCAGCCAUCAUUUUUCUGGGUGGCAAUAUUUUUUAAAACUUUACUGUAUGGAUACUCGAUUACUUGCAGCUUGAUAUUAUGGGUCGGCAAACUUUGACAUUAAUUUUCAACAAUUUAUUGGUUGCAAAUGUUGUGCUAAGGGCGGAAAAUAAAAUCAGUAAAUGGACGUAUAUUGCCUGAUUUAGCAUUGAUUUUACUACAACUGGUUAAAAAUUAAGCGCAAAUUGCUUAACAUUGCUUAAAAAUUGUUAUAAAUUCCAAUUCCUGAGAAUAGCGCACACAUUUCGAAGUGUAGCUCUGGUAAAAAGGGCAACUUUUGUCCCUGUGCACCAUCCAAACUGUUUGGGCAACAGGGGCAGUUGCCCCUGUGGCUCAGGCGCCCCUGGAUUAAAAAACCUGUUACAUGGUCUUGACAGACACAAAGGUUUUGUGUGAGAAUGGACAAUGUUUUAUUUGUUCAUCCAUUGAUGGAAAUAAUGCUUGCUUUUUAUGCAAGUGUUGAUCUUCCAAUUUUUCAUCUUUCUAGGUGAUGGCUUGGUAAUACGGAACAUGGAUAAACAACCUAGUCAAGGUACAGGCAAACCUAGUCAAGGUGCAGAGAAACCAGGUCAAGGAGCAGGCAAGCCGAGUCAAGGAGCAGGCAAACCUAGCCAAGGUACGGGCAAACCUAGCCAAGGUACGAGUAAAGAGAAGCAGAAGGGAGCUGAAGGAGGUCAGAAAGAAGGAAAGACAAAAGCCGAAUUGAAAGCUGAACGAAGGGCAAAACAGGUGGGAAAUAAUAAUUUAGAUAUGUUUUAAUUUUAAAAGACACAAUACAGUCUACAUAGUUGAGCCUUUCUCUUAUAGCUCUCUAAUACGGAGUAUGCGCAUCUCUUUUAUGGACAUCUCGUUUACAGACACCUCUAUAAUAUGGGCACCUCACUAAUACAAACACCUCUCUGCAUGAUAUGGGCAUCUCUCUGAUACAAAAAUAAUGUAAAAUAAUAAAGUAGGGUGCAUCAGAGUACAUUGCCACUUAAAGGGUUUUAUUAAUUAAUGGGUAAACUAACUGCUUCACCAAUUUCUAAAGGAAGCCCAGCGAUCUGCAAAGGGGAAGUCUCCAAGUGGUCAAACCACGUCAGAAGAACCAAAAGAUGCUAAAGAUGCAUUGAAGGAUGCCAGUACAAAUGAAUCAACAAAAUCAAAAGCUGAAUUGAAGGCAGAACGAAGGGCUAAACAGGUACAGACAUUGCUAUAUCCAAUUCACAACUUUUGAUAACUGGGAUGCCUAGCAACCCAGCAGGACUUCAAAUUUGUGGUAUCCUGAUUAAUCCAGGUGAUACCAGAAUGUGGAUACUGGAAAUCACAAACUCUGUAUCCUGAGCAAUACUGAAAAAAAUUCUGGUCACUGACAAUACAAAAAUAAUUUAUUAUUCAAAUGUGGAAUUAUACUAGAUUUUCUGGGUGGAUACAAGAUUUUCUGGGUGGAUACCAGAUUUUCUGGGUGGAUACAAGAUUUUCUGGGUGGAUACCAGUUUUUCUGGGUGGAUACAAGAUUUUCUGGGUGGAUACAAGAUUUUCUGGGUGGAUACAAGAUUUUCUGGGUGGAUACAAGAUUUUCUGGGUGGAUACAAGAUUUUCUGGGUGGAUACAAGAUUUUCUGGGUGGAUACCAGAUUUUCUGGGUGGAUACAAGAUUUUCUGGGUGGAUACAAGAUUUUCUGGGUGGAUACAAGAUUUUCUGGGUGGAUACAAGAUUUUCUGGGUGGAUACAAGAUUUUCUGGGUGGAUACAAGAUUUUCUGGGUGGAUACUAGAUUUUCUGGGUGGAUACCAGAUUUUCUGGGUGGAUACAAGAUUUUCUGGGUGGAUACAAGAUUUUCUGGGUGGAUACAAGAUUUUCUGGGUGGAUACAAGAUUUUCUGGGUGGAUACCAGAUUUUCUGGGUGGAUACAAGAUUUUAAGUUGCUAGUAUCCUGCUGGGAACUUCAAAUUUGAAGCCCUGACCCUUGUAAGGUUCUUUGUUCAGAUCUCCAUGUAUUUUCCUUGGUGUAGGAGGCUCAGAGAUUGGCAAAAACUCAAAAGCAAGAAGCCAGCAAGACCAAAGGAAGUACUGACGGUAAGCUAGAGAAAAGGAUUUAUGUGUCUUUGGGGAUGAUUUCUUUAGUUGUUGGGAGGGUGCACUCCCUUGAAAGUCCCCUCCCUCUGAAAAAACUGCACCCCCUCUCUCUGUAUCACAUGAAAUUUAAAGUAAGAUCUUCUGGUGUUAAUUUUGCAUACAGCUAGGGGAGAGAUUCGUGUGCUGUCGAGUGUUCAAGCUGAUGAUGAAAAACUACAGAAGAAAAUUGCAAAGAAACUUGCAAAGGAGAAUGUCCCGCAACGCAUGUCAGUGCAGAAGAAAGUUGGUCUCUUCUCACAUUUACAUCAAUAUGAAAGACAACAAGCUCUAACUAAAGAAAUAAAGUAAGCUCUAAGUUUACUCUUUAUCAGUUCUAAACUGUUCCCCAUACAUGGUCAAGUGUUACAACAGAGACUUUUUGGAGGAAAUAACUCUUCUCACAUCCAGGUGAUCUGGGAACUCGGAAAAGGCCUGGCACUAGUUGUAAAAUAGAAAUCCAUUUCUGGUUUAAAACUACUCAAUAUCUCAUCAACAGUAUUAGAUUUCUAUCUCAAAUUUGUCCCAGACAUUCAUUUCCCUGUGCAAGACACAGAUACAAAGUUUCAAACAGUUUCACAAAAGAAUCGGGGCGUGACAAGUGAUUAAAGGCACGAAAAUGGAUUUCUAUUCUGUUGCUAGUCCCAGUCCUUUUGCUCACCGUCAGAUCACCUGGAUGGAAAGGGGAAAUUAUAAUCAGACAAUGCAGAGAUCCCUGGUGACUAACCUCCUCUGCAAGCCAGGGACCUAGCCAGGAUUACCAAUCUGCCAGGCAUGCCCCCGCCCCAAGAAGACUAUUUUUACAAAAUACUGGAGUUUUAACAUUUUUUUGCCUGUCCACAUUCAAAAAUACACAUCCAAAUGACGGGUGGACGUACAGGCCUCUGGGUAAGCCAUGCUGCUGCUACUGAUCUGAUCAGUGCAUGUUGCUAGCUUCUCUAUUAAAAAAUCCAAUCCACAGUUACUCCUAUAGAGGUGCCUGCAGAGCAACAUGUUUCACAGGGUCACAGCUCCACCACAGCCCCAAGGGGGUGGGCGGAGGUGAGACAGAGACAUGUACUAAUUACUGUACCACUAACACUCUACAGUAUUAUGAAAGCAAUGAUAAAUUUCUAUUAUCAAGGUUCACAUCAGGCAGUAUUCAUCCAGCAAUAGUUAAACUGGGUCUGCAAUAUGCUGAAGGAAUCAUCUGUGGCUCAAACGCAAGAUGUGUCUCCUUACUCUUUGCCCUCAAACAGGUACGUCAACAACACUGCAAGUUACUGUUUCCAAAUAAAACCUGGUUUACCCUAUCAAAGUUUCUGUGAUCACAGUAGGAAUUUUGCAUCGCUAAAUUCUAAGUUUUGAAAGAUUUGUAAGAAAUGUUUGAAGGAACUGACUCAUUGUUUAACAGUUCCCGCACAGUGGCGGGAAUUCACUUUUUCCGGUGGGGGGGGGCAAAGCCUCCUAAAUUUCCGACAAAACUUUCAAAUUUCCGACGUACCCCCAUUUGCACUCGAAAAGACUGUUUUUAGCCCUCUUUUAGGUCAAAAUUUCCGAAAAUUCGGCAAUUUUCCGUGAAGGUGGGGGGGGGGCAGCCACCCCCUUGCCCACCAAGAUUUCCACCGCUGUUCCCUCAAACGUUUCAGCAAAAAGACAUUGUAUACACUAUUAAAGUUUCUGUGAUGACAGUAGAAAUUAAGUGUUAAACACUGUGUAAGUUCCCUCAAGCAUCUCUUACAAACAUAGAAUUUACCUUUACAAAAUUCCUACUGUGAUCACAGAAACGUUGAUAGUGUAAACCACUCUUAAUAUAAAAAAUGUGAAUAUAUAAUAUAAAUAAACUCCCAAUUUCUUAGGUGAUAGCGGACUAUACAACACCUACCCACAAAGAACUAUGUAGGGAUCUGGAAGUGAAACUUAAACCAAAUAUCACGUAAGUAAUUCAGGUGUUUUUGUCAAACAUUACCGGACAGAGGUUUAUUUUGUUUAUUUUAUCCAUGUUUUUAGAUUUCUAACGCAAUGUCGUCCUCUGUCUGUCAGCAUGGGAAACGCCAUCAAGUAUCUUAAACUGCAGAUCACACAAAUACCACCUAGCAUGUCAGAAAAACAGGUCAGUCAAGUUAUGGUUUUGAUGAAUAUUACAAUGUGAAGUGCAGGGCAUUUUUAAGAAAUUACAACUACUGGGGCUACGUCUGAAUGAGGACCUUUUCCCCAUACGGUUACGCGUACAUAAAGACUAUGCUAUGCUGACUUUUAUAAGAUGGAAUAUUGAGAAUGUGAGAGGAUAUGAGAAAGCAGGCAGAUGCAACUUUUUCAACAAGGAUGACUUUUUACUAAUGAUCAAAAGAACCCAAAAUCUUGCUUCACUACUGGGGCAAGCAAAGAGUAAAUAUGUAACUACUGGGGUAAAUGCCCCAGUAGUUACAUAGUUAAAAAAUGCCCUGGAAUGAAUUGAUCAGUCAUGGUGCUUCAUUAUUCAUCAUGAAUUUACCCAUUAUUCAAAUCUCUGUAAUAUUAUUUAGGCAAAGAAAAAUUUAAUAGAAAGUGUCGACAAAUUUAUCAAGGAGAAAAUCUCACUGGCUGGUGAAGCCAUUUCUAAAAACUACGCCAUUCAGAAAGUUAAUGAUGAUGACGUCAUUAUGACGUAUGCAUGGUAAGAAUUACAGCGUUAGUUAUGAGCAAAUAUUAUACACUUUUAUUGCUAGAUUUUAGUGAGUCGUAUAGCGGGUCCACAGAUGAUAGUCGUCUUAGACUAAUUUUAAAACUAGGCAAGGAAAUGCAAAUAAAUCACCACAGCUAGAAAGAACAUACUAAAAUUAGUAAAAUUGCAAUGUUUGGUUGCGAAAUGUUGUAAAAUACGGAAAAUAUAGCCUUGCAAAGUUUGCAAAUUCUGUAUACUUUUGUAUUGCGUGCGGAAAUUGCUACCGUUUUCCGCCCAAAUGUGGUAGCCGGAAUUUCCGCAUGCAAUACAAAAGUAUACAAAAUUUGCGAACUUUGCAAGGCUAUAUUUUCCGCAUUUUACAACAUUUCGUAACCAAACUUUGCAAUUUUACUCAUUUUAGUAUAUGGUCUUUCCGGGAAUAUACUUUUUUGCCAAGAUAAAAAAUUAGUCUAUAAUCUAUUUGUCUCCGAAUACAAGACUAUACUACAUAUAAUGAAAAGACUAGAUUGUGACAAUAUUAUCUCACUCUGAUAACUGCAGGUUGAAUGCUAGUUGGUUGUAUUGAUGUGUAGUCUUAUCAUUUUAGUUCGUCGUUGAUAGUAAAGAUUUUGAAAGAUGCAUUUGACGCUGGCAAGAAAUUUAGAGUUAUAGUCGUUGAUUCAAGACCUAAAAGCGAAGGUAGAAAUGCAUCAGACUGGAAUAAUCACCUCGCUACAACUUGCUGACAUUCUCAAAUCAACAAUGCAGAUUAAACUUUCGCCUUUACGUUUUGUAGGAAUUCACUGUCUCAAGCAAUUGUUGAAACAUGGUAUCAAGUGUUCUUACGCACAAAUCACAUCAUUGGCUUAUCUCAUGAAGGAGGUAUGAUGUUUUGAUAGGAAUAUAUUCUAAUAGAGAUCUAUAAUGGAUAGCUCUAUCUACAUGUUCUAAGUAAGCUGUUGCCUCUAGACGCCCAUGCAAAAAGGGCCAAUAAUCCUCAAUAAAUCCUGGUACAUACGCCUGGCAUCAUCCCAAUAGAAUUACAUGAACUUGCGAUUAGAGCUCGACAACUGGACUCUACAGCUCAGUUGGUCUAGAGCGCUGCACCGAAAUCGCAGGGCCGUUAUUCUGUAACCCUUACUGAAGCCAACAAUACAAUCUUAUUCUUCUACUCUAGGUUUCGAAAGUAUUUCUUGGUGCUCAUGCAUUGCUGGCCAAUGGUUGUGUAAUGUCGAGGAUUGGUUCAGCCAUGGUGAGUUUGGUUGCGAAGAGAUGCAGUGUUCCUGUCCUCGUCUGUUGUGAAACAUACAAAUUUUGUGAUCGAGUACAGACUGACGCUUUUGUUUUCAACGAACUAGGUAAGUAAGAAAAGCUUUUUUCGGUCAUAGAGACAUAGAAAAUAUUAAAACUUAUGGGGAGAUUUUGUUUUCUGUGUUGGUGUAAUGUACUCAAGCUUGCCCGGUGUGGAUAUACACUCAGAGUAACAUCACAAGCAUGAAGCAUCGUUAAUGGGGAGAGUUGUAAAAAAUACAACAGUAUAGCCCCUCUGAUGCAGCACGAAAAUAGAGUUUUUCAUGGGUAGAAAAUUUCGGGCGAAAACUGUAUGCAUUUUUACAUCUAACCAGGGGCAGUUGUGAAAAAUGCAACUAUAGACCAUCUGGCGGGAAUCGAAUCUGCCACCCUGCGAUUCCGGUACAGCGGUUUGACCACUGGUCCAGUUGUCAAGAGCUAACCAUAACUUCAUGUGCGCAUGCUAGUGAUCAGGGGUAAAUAUUGUAGAUUUUAGGCAUCUCGAUUGAACAGAAUGUUGAAAGAGUUUUAAAUAUAUAUGAAAUUUUGAGCGAACACAAAUAUUUGUAUAUAUUUUACACCUGCCCGGGGCGAAACACUUUGGCAGGAAUUGAGCCUGCGAUAAUUUUGCCACUUGAGCCCACGAUUCAUUCUCACGUUCUGUACUUUAUGUAAUCUUACUCAAGGUGAUCCAGACGACCUAAUACCAGACCAGCAUGCAAUGGGCUCAGAGACACUUCAUAACUGGCGACAACUAGACUCGCUCAAUCUCCUAAAUUUAAUAUAUGACGUCACUCCUUCGGAUUUCGUUUCCAUGGUGAUAACGGAAAUUGGUAUGAUACCUUGCACGUCAGUUCCGGUUGUGUUACGAGUCAAGAACGUUGAGUAUCAAUGA